AACUCCUGUCUCCCAUUUUUACUGCAUUUGUAAAACUGGAGACACUGCAGGGGGAAACCACUCAAACCCUGUAGUGUGUGAAUCUCCCAGAGCUUACACAUUCAAACUGAAACUACACAAGCACUACAAACGUGUGUGUGUGAUUGUAUUUGUGUAACAAAUACAGUAACAGUAAACCGUUUUUGUGUUGAUCUUGAUGUAUGUUUUGGAUCACUGUCCUGCUGGAAGAUCCAACCACGGCCAAUUUGAAGCUUUCUGUCAGAGGCAGUCAGGUUUUCAUUUAAUAUCUGUUGAUAUUUGAUAGUCCAUUACGCCAUAACGAAAGACCAACAAUCAGAAGCAGCAGAUCGCCAAGAUGGAUAUCUGGGGCGUCAGGAUGCCACCAAUGUUAGUGGAGUACUUUGCCACGUUGCGCCAACAGUCGGAAGAUUACCAAGCUGCGCUACGAAAGCAGCAGGACGCCAGGAAUUACCUGGGCUUCAACUUACCGCCUAUGUUCAUGCAGGACUACGCCAUGCUACGCCAACAGGAGGAGGAGUCCAGGUACAAGGGGGAGUUUGUGUUCAGUACAGAGACCCAGCCCUGGACCGACAGGGUGACCUCAGAGCUCGAACCUGAGCUCCACGAGGUGGGCUCACCCGCCGAGCUCCAGCAAAGGGUCAGCGGGGAGGCACUAGCACCAGGCUUUGGUGUCCGAGUCCCAGUCAAGUCUCAAGUCCCUAAGGUCCCAGCCAAGCCUCGCGUCCCUGAGGUCCAAAUCAAGCCUCGCGUCCCUGAGUUCACGUUCAGGCCUACUGACCCAAAUGACCAAAUGCCGCUCACGCACCGCCAAGCUCCGCUCACGCCACAGUCCGCCGACACGCACCGCCAAGCUCCGCUCACGCCACAGUCCGCCGACACGCACCGCCAAGCUCCGCUCACGCCACAGUCCGCCGACACGCACCGCCAAGCUCCGCUCACGCCACAGUCCGCCGACACGCACCGCCAAGCUCCGCCCAUGCCCCAGUCCGCCGACACGGCCAGCCAAGCUCUGCCUAUGCCCAAGGUUCACAUAGUGACCUCAGAGCCUCAGCCUCCCCGUUCAGCUGAGGUCGUCGCUCAGCCUCCCCGUUCAGCUGAGGUCGUCGCUCAGCCUCCCCGUUCAGCUGAGGUCGUCGCUCAACCCGCCUGCUCCAUGGCAACUAGAGUUCCCCCCCUUCUGCUUCGAGGAGACCCACACUCCUCUCCCUGGCCGCACGGGGGACUUCUCUCGGCCUUCCAGUUCAGCUGGGGACGUCGCGCUGCUUUCAUGCUCUGCCGAGGAAAUAUCUCAGCCUCCCUGUGCCAUUGUAGAAGCCGCCCGGCCUCCUGAUUUUGCGGGGGACAUUUUCUCCAGGGGGCCAGGACCACCAGAUGGAGGACGUAUAAUUUUGGGCGCUCCGGGAGUAGCGCCCUUGGGGGAGGGUUCUGUCACGUAUCAGGAAGCUCUGGACUCCACUUCCCAUCAGCCACUGCACUGCACUACAUGUCACAUGACCACCUGCACCUGAUUCACGUUUUGGUUAAUGAGCACUCGUGUGUGUGUAUAUAUAGCCAUUGUCUGCACUGAUUCACUGUCUUUUGUUGUAUUAGACUACCAUGUUACAUGUUUUGUUUCAUGCCACAGUAUUUUGCCUAGUUGUCGUAGUGUCUAUGUUUUGUUGUUUGUUCAUAUAAUAAAUGUUAUAUAUCUGCGAUUGCUUCCGAACCCAUCCUUGAUUCGUGACACCAGGGUGUACAAACGUUUUUUUUUUUUUUUUUCUUCCUGGUCGCGUAUUUAAAAUUCUUACUUGAACCGGUACAUCUAUACGAUAUAAUUUCGUCAUGUGUGUGCUUGUGUGUGUAUUUGCACAUGUAUGUGCACGUGUGUGUUUUCCUACUAUAGGUGUUUAAGAACUCUUUGAUCCACCAGAGGACGGGUGAUAAGAACCCAUGUCGGUACUUCUCAAAGCAGGAGCUGAAGGAGCUUUUCACACUGGAGGACACGUACUCAUCCUCCAUUCGGCUGCAGCUGCAGUCGCUCCACUCGUCUGCGUGCCGC